CGCGUAAUCCGCUCAACGUCGUCAACAGAGACCCAUUAAAUUCAUCCGUAAUCUGUACACAGGUCGCUUCGGUACGCUCUACCAGGCGGAGCUGGACAGCCACAUCGACACCGACCCCGUGCGUGUCGUCAUGGUGAAGGAAUUCGCGCCGGAACUAGCCAGCCACACGCGCCUACGGCACGAGCGGCAGGCGACGAACAUCGGCGGACUGUCGCACCCGAACGUGCACGGCCUCGUCGGCAUCGUACGCGACCCGAACCCGUCCAUCGUCUACGAGUUCCUCGAGUGGGGCGACCUGAAGAGCUUUCUGCUCAGCAACAUGCCGAAGACGCGCAGGGGGUUCUAUCAGUCGAAGCGCGACACGAUCUCGCGCACGCUCAAGAAGGCUGGAUUGUUCGGAUACGCCGGAAAGCGCGUCGCCUUCCCGCUGACGACCAACGAUAUCGUUACCAUGGCAAUGCAGGUGGCUGGAGGCAUGGCCUACCUGUCACGCAAUGGGUGCGUAGUAGAGCGGCAGCGGUAUCUUCCUCCUCCCCGCACGACUGACAACACAACUAACCUCUGA